CUUUCAGCUCAUUUUUGCUGGCAGCACUGAUCAGGUAAAGAGUAUUCCCAGGCAAAACCAUGGCCUCUGAUGCUAUCCUUCCUACUGUGUCUUAUGACUAUACCCCCAGUUUUAACACUGCAGGAUGCAUCCAAGCAGACACUUACAGCAUAUUUUACUGAGAAACUGGACAAAUUAGAAGGCUUCUGUCAUGAACUAUCUCAGGAGAGACAGCUGUGGAUGAAAGAGAAAACUGAGUGGGCGAUGGAGAAACAAAGAUGGCAGAGCAGAAAAGAAAGAGUUGCAAAACAGCCUGCAUCAGAUUCAAGAAGAACUGCAUGCUAUAUGGGACAAGGUAGAGCAUGCAGAAAACCUCAAACAAGAAUGGGAGAGAAUGUUUUAUCACAAGCAGGACAUUACUGUGUCUCUUCAAGGUGAAAUGAAAGGUCAAGAAAGUGAGCAACAAAGUCAAGUGAAACUUGGGACUCAGCUGGACCUUGGACUCAAUGGUGAUGUGUUAGGAUCAUAUCAGAUGCCAGUUCAUGGCUUGAAAAGCCGUUCUGACGAUUUGGGAGGUCUAGAGAUUAUGGUGAGUGGUGUGACUCGGAAACUGGAGGAAGUGAGCGCUGAAGUGCAAGUGCUAAAAACAUCCAGCCAGCAGCAUGAUCUAGCUCUCAGUCUGGCUCGCAGUUCUUACUAUGUCCGCUGGGGGCACUCCUCCUGCCCCAACUCCACUGAAACUGUCUACUCCGGUAUCAUGGGUGGUUCAUUGUUCAGCUCUCCAGGGGCUGCUGUCAAUUAUCUCUGUCUCCCUCUGUCCCCAAGUCUGAAUGAUAAUGUAGUGCCUCAAAUCCAUGCUGAUCUGUAUGGGGCAGAGUACGAGACACUCAACACAAACCCUACUCAUGAGAACCGAGACCCUCCCUGUUGUGUGCCGUGUGUCCCAGGCAACCACCAUCAUGACUCCUGCUACAGACGUAUGUCAACCUGGCUGGACGCAGCAGUACAGUGGGUUCCUGAUGGCAGGAAAUCCAGCACAUAUAGCUGCUUCAGAAUAUAUCUGCGUUGACUCCAAUAUGGAAGACAGAGUUGGCAGUGACAAAGAUGAAAAUGGAAAACUUCUGUUCUACACUGUAACCCACUGUGGCAAUUUGCCUUGUCCACCAUAUGAAAACUUGAAGAUUGUAACUUGUGCUGUAUGUUCAAAGUAGAUAAACACACCAAACAUCAGCUCAGAAUAGAUAUACCUUACUGUUCAGAAUUGUUAUCAUCUGAAAUAACUGGGGUUUUUUAAAAAUUAAAAUACAGGAACUAGUUAUGCAAACUUAAAAAUGUAUAAAUUUUAAUGAACAGA